AUAAAGUGAACCCUGGCACGAGGAAGGAAUGUGCUUCUCAGGACGACCGACCACCCACCACCACAGGGGCAGGAUGUGCCCCCAAACUCAGAAGGCAGAAAGGGGCAGGGAAAAUGAGCACAAUGAAAAGGGGAACCGGGAGGAAAUGGAAGAGUUCUUUGUUACCCUGGAGACUUCUACCAAUGUCGCGCAACAAAAAAUGUUGGGUCGGAGGCUGUGUCUGGUAUCUUGAACGAAGAGCGGGGCAGGAAUCCCCUCACAAGUUCAUGCGCCUGUUCAGGAGCGUCAAUAAGCAGUGGAUUACGUUUCAGCACUUUAACUUCCUCAAGCGCAUGUAUGUCACCCAACUGAACAGAAGCCUCCACCAGCAAGUGAAGCCUAAGCCAGAGCCCCUCGCAUCUUCUUUCCUUGAAAAGACAUCUUCGAGUCAAACCAAAGCAGAAAUCUACCAGAUGAGAUCUCUGUCGCCGCCCAGCCUGCCAUUGUCCAGAAAGUCAAAUGAGAAGGGAUUGACAGAACUUGGCUCUGCCUCAAUCAUCAAAAGUUCAAUAGAAGUGGGAAACGAGACGAGAGAUGAAAAACAAUGGAAAGAGAUGAAGCUGCAGCUGGAGAAUUUGCCAGGCAUUUUGGCUCGCCUCUCCAAAAUCAAACUCACAGCUCUCGUAGUCAGCACCACUUCCGCUGGAUUUGCCUUGGCUCCAGGGCCUUUUGACCUGCCCUGCUUCCUGCUCACUUUUGUUGGGACGGGCCUUGCAUCCUGCGCUGCCAACUGCAUCAACCAGUUUUUUGAGGUGCCAUUUGACUCAAACAUGAAUAGGACAAAGAACAGACCUCUGGUUCGUGGACAGAUCAGCCCUCUGCUCGCCGUGUCCUUUGCCACUUGCUGUGCCGUGCCAGGAGUUGCCCUGCUGACUUGGGGGGUGAACCCCCUCACCGGGGCUUUGGGAGCCUUCAACAUUUUCCUGUACACCUGUUGUUAUACACCACUGAAGAGGAUCAGCAUUGCCAACACAUGGGUCGGAGCAGUGGUUGGGGCCAUCCCGCCUGUUAUGGGCUGGACUGCAGCUACUGGCAGCCUGGGUGCCGGAGCAUUUCUUCUCGGAGGAAUCCUCUACUCUUGGCAGUUCCCGCACUUCAACGCCCUGAGCUGGGGCCUCCGGGAAGACUACUCCCGGGGGGGCUACUGCAUGAUGUCGGUCACACACCCAGCCCUGUGCAGGCGCGUGGCCCUCCGCCACUGCCUGGCCCUCAUCGGACUGUCCACAGCGGCCCCACUCCUGGACAUCACCACGUGGACCUUCCCCAUCAUCUCCCUCCCCAUCAACUUGUAUAUCUCCUACCUCGGCUUCCGGUUCUACACGGAGGCAGACCGGAAGAGCUCCAGGAAACUCUUUUUCUGCAGCCUCUGGCAUCUGCCCUUGCUGCUGCUGCUCCUGCUCACCUGUAAGCAGGACGGGAAAGGUGUCCGCGGAGAGCCCCGAGGGUGACGGCGCACUGGCAGCUGGGAGAAAAGGGCAACACUGGGAGCAGCGCCUGCUCUCCCUUGGCAGUUCGCGAUGUCGGAGUGCGGGAAGAGAAAUCACCAGCUUAGUUAAAGCAAGAGUGUCAAAUAAUGUGGUGCUCCGUGAUCGCGUUAACAGUUUUAUUUUUAAUAACAGCCUCCAAAAUGUACCCCAGAUAAAGGAGUGGGUUGGCUCAAAAGAUUAAUACCAAGGAACCCCCUCCCCCUCCUCGGAGGGCCUUUUACCUCUCUUCUCUUCCUUCCAUCCAUCCUCUGGUCCUCCCCCUUGGACUUGCACACCUUCCUCUUUGGGCCGCUUCUCGUCCACCCAGCACACGCCCAAGCCCACCACAGGCCUAGCCCUGUAGUCACUAGUGGCCAGGAAGGGCCAGCACUUGCCUGCUAUCUCUAGAACCGUGCCCUCCGGUCCCAAAUGUCCACCCCGGUCCCCAGAUACUAGUGACCUCCGUGAAGGCUCAAGUCGGAGCAAACAUGCACUGCUGGCACCGUACUUCCUAUCGGUGACCAAGCGCGAGAGGCCAUUCCAAACGGUUAUCCAGGAACCUCAAACUCACCCCGCCCUAACCUCAGCAUUUCACAAGUCUCGGGCUAUCAAAGGCGUUUUGAUAGUUCAUGUCAAAAUUUGAGGGAACUUUAAAGUGCUUUUGGAAACAUGAAAGAUAAUAGAAUUUCCCCACAGACAUUUUGGCUUUUGGGAGCCCCCUCAUACACCCAUGUCCACAGCGUUUCUCUCUGGGAGGGGAGGUCACUGGCUUCUUAAGGGAAACCCCUGGGCUGUCCCGUUACUGGACCUCUUUGGUUGCACAGUUAGCCCCUCCGCCUCUCUUCUCGGCUAGUGACUGGGGGCCUGCCGGCGCACAGCUUACGUUCUUGCCCUGUAGAGAAAGGCGCAUUUCUAGACUGCCAUCUCGGCUUCAGAAGGAAACCGCUGCCCUCAGCCGGCUGUCACCUCCCUGCCAGGAGUGCCAGUCGAGGCCCCCACGGGGCUGGUUUCCGUUGUGGGAGUUUGGGGCGCUGUAUGUAGUCACGUGUGACCUUGGGGUCUGUCCCAGCCACAGCUGAGGCACCUCCGCUCCGGAGCCCCAGUGCACUUCCACCUCUGGCUGUAAGCCUUGCAGUUUGGCAGCAGGAUGUUUUUGUUCCUCCAGCUCCAGUGGCACAGUUGCUCUGUAGGAAUUCCUUCUGGGGGUUUCAGCAACAUUUAAACAAUCAUUGCAAUAUGCCUGUUUUCUCAACAAUUUCUAAAGCGAUUGCAGAUAGCAUCUGCUCCCAGUUUCUACUUACCUGCAGUCGCACCGCUUGGCUGUGUCCGGGUUACUUACAGUGGGGAACAUGGCAUCGGAAUGUCUGGAAAGAAACUCUACAACGUGUUGCAGUCCUCAAAUUUGUAAAAUGUAUUGAUUUUAUUUUCCUUCUGCAAUAAAAUAAUCUGUUUGA